CCAGGACCACCAUCCGUACCUUUACCCAGCUCUCCAUUCUCCAACCACAUCACAAAACGGAACUUUUGACCGACGACAUAAUCGCAUUCCAGGCCUCGACGCGGAACCUCACCGAAAGACGACAGUCGCAACCGCAACCAAGGGUGAACAAAAGGAAGCACAAGUCAGGCGCGCAGAAUGGCGACCGCGAUCCCCUCCAUAGCAUGCAUAGGCAUCAUCGGCCGCAACAACAACCCUCUCCACAUCCAAAUCUUCCCCUCCCACAACCCCUCAACAAACACCUUUGCGCCGAUCCGCACGCCCCUCCAAUUCUCCCUCCUCCUCUCCUCGACCCUAGACAUCUUUGAGCUCCGUCACGGCAACAACAAUUCCUUCGCAGGCGGCGGUGCUGCCGCGGCGCCAGGGUCAACAGGGACAGGUCUGUCCGGCGAAGUAGGUCUCCUCCACGCCGUCGACGAACGGCUGGCCGCGUACGGGUGGGAGACCAACACGGGCGUCAAGAUCGUGGUUGUGGUUGAUAUGCGCGGGCGGAGGGUCGGCGGCGGUGGCGGGACGCCGGGGACGGAAAGUGCCGCCGCCGCCGCUGCUGUUGCUGCUGCCAAGGGCCACGGCGCGGUUGGGUUAAGGGAGCAGGAGUUGCGGGUCGUGUUUCGGGCUGUGCAGAGCGCGUAUGUGAGGUUGUUGCAGAAUCCGUUUUAUGAGCCUGAUGAGCAUUCGCCUGUGAGCGGGCGUGGCGGGAGGGUGAUUAAGAGUCGGAAGUUUGAGGGGGAGGUGAGGAGGGUUGGGGAGGGGUGGACGCCUGGUGUUACGACUCUUUGAGGUGCCGCGCUUUGGCGAUUGAAGUUGCAAAAUGGGAUGAUGGUUGAUCCAUAGCCUUUCUAUUCUUUCUUGGGAGUUUGGGGCGUUGAUCAUAGAGGAUAGAUGCAUGGGUUUCGAGGUG